UGCAUAUUUGCAAGACAUACACUGAUACACACUGUCGCAUCCGAAAUCUUUUGCAGCUUCGCUCAAAUGUGGGAACCAGACACAAAAAAACGUUGCCAAACCAAUGAACAUCAACAAGAGCCUAAUAACCCAACUGGACCUUCCCUCCAAUGCUUCGAGCUAAUCCUCCCAUGGCUGACCCCAAUAGAAUUAGCCAACAUUUCUCUAACCUCCAAAUCCCUAAACCAACUCUCCAAAUCCACCACUCUCCGCCGAUCCUCCGACGCUUCCAGAUCCUUCGAAAACCUCCCCAUCCCGUUCCACAACACCAUAGAUCACCACCCAUAUGCCCAUUUCAUCUACACCCCUUCACAGAUUUUCCCUUCUUCUUCACAACCCCAGCGCCAAUCAUGGGGUUCGCUGGAUUUUAGCAGCUCGGCGAGUCGACUCGGUGUGGAACCGGUGAGUUUGGUGGACGAGUUGGGGCACAGCGUGUCUGGGUGUGAUUGCGAGAGGUGUGACGAUGAGGACCCAGAUGGGUGUCCGUGUUUUUAUGGGAUGGAUGAGUUGGAUAUGGGGAACGAGUGCGGACCGAGUUGUGGGUGCGGGUUGGAGUGUGAGAAUCGGUUGACUCAGCGAGGUGUUUCGGUGAGGUUGAAGAUUGUGAGGGAUAGAAGGAAAGGUUGGGGUUUAUACGCUGACCAGUUCAUUGAGAAAGCCCAAUUUGUAUGCGAGUAUGCAGGUGAACUUUUAACAACCAAAGAGGCAACAAAUCGGCAACAAAUGUAUGAUAAACUUGCAUCAGAUGGGCAUUUUUCUUCUGCUCUAUUGGUUUUGAGGGAGCAUCUUCCAUCUGGAAAGGCAUGUAUGAGAAUCAACAUUGAUGCUACAAGGAUGGGAAAUGUGGCACGGUUCAUUAACCAUUCAUGUGAUGGUGGAAAUUUAGUGACAAAACUGGUAAGGAGCUCGGGAGCUUUGUUGCCCCGCAUUUGCUUCUUUGCUUCAAGAGACAUAAAAGAAAAUGAAGAGCUUGCCUUUAGUUAUGGUGAAGUGAGGUUAAGGGUUAAUGGUCUGCAGUGCUUCUGUGGUAGCUCUUGUUGCCUUGGAACAUUGCCUUCAGAAAAUACUUAGUUUUAGUUUUUCCUCGUACCGACCCAAUGACCUUGAAUUCUGUCUUCACUCUUCAAGUGAUGAGAUGGAGGGGAAGGGAAUAUAGAAAAAGGCUUGGAGGAGGAGAAGGGGAUGUUGAGGGGAAGGCAGGUUGGAACUGUCCCAGAGACCCCUCUUUUUACUGGGGUGAGAAAGAAAAUGAUAGAAGAAAAAAGGAGCAAGAAAAUGCAUGUUUUAUGGCCUCUUAGUUUAAAGGCCAUGUUAAUUAUUUUUGGGGUGAGAAAGAAAAUGAUUGAAGAAAAAAGGAGCAAGAAAAUUUAUGUUUUGUGGCCUUAAGGUUAUGUUAAUUCCUUAUGUUGUUCAAAACAUGUAUAACAAAUGGCCACUGACAUCAAAUGUGUUGUAUUGAAAAUGUGUGUAACUGUGUAAGUUGUAUUCAAAAUGAGUUAAAUUUGGCAUUGGCUUGGAAAA